AUGAUUGACUUCCUGGCUGAACUGGCGAGUGUUCUGAGACACACCCCAUCAUGUUUACAAAGGUUCACACCACAGCCCACCUGCCUGCUCUCUGAACUGCUCACAUACCAUAAAGACAUCGCCACAGUACUUGGCUCACCCGGUGUCUCUGCUGGUGUGUCGCGGUGUGUCUCGCUCCGUGGACGUGUUGAGGUGUUUGCAAUCUCCUCUGGUGCUCUGACGGCGGCUCCUCAAACUCACGUCGACGGAAAACAUACUGGUCGUGUGCCGGUUGCGUUACAGUGGACAUUUUACAGCUGGUCCACUAACUGUAACUUUCACGAAUCAAAACAUGCGCGUGGAGUGCUGGUAGAUCAGCCCGUGUCCGCCCUGAGACGUGCCGCGCGCUCCCGAGACAUCCGCGAGAGCUCAACAUCAUCCAAUGCGGAGUCGCAGCGGCAGCACGCGCCACCUACAGGCGAGGAUGUGCUGUCCUGUCCAGCUUUGUGUGCCUGCUCCUAUGGGAACAGUGGAAUAGCAGAGCUCAGGUUGGUGCAGUGCAGUGACCCUGGAAUCACAGCCGUUCCCAUUAAUGUCCCAGCUGACACAGUCAAACUGCGUCUCGAGAAGACCUUGAUCUCCAGGGUGCCCCGGGCAGCCUUCUACAACCUGUCAGAGCUGCGUUUUUUGUGGCUGACCUACAACUCCAUCACAUCCAUCCACCCAAGCAGCUUUGUUAACCUGAAGGCGCUGCGAGAGCUGCGUCUGGAUGGAAACUUCCUGACAUCCUUCCCCUGGGAGGGGCUGCGGGACAUGCCCCGCCUCCAGACUCUCGGCCUUCACAACAACCGUCUGUCCGUUCUUCCUGCCCACGCUUCGCUCUUUCUUCCCAACAUCACCUAUCUCGACCUGUCCAGCAACAGGCUGACUAUUUUACCCGUUGAGCUGCUAGACCUUUGGUUUCCUCUCGCUGGACAAGAAGGAGGACAGGUCCAAAGAAGGAUUUUGGGUCUCCAUGACAACCCCUGGUUGUGUGACUGCCAGAUCUCCAUGGUGAUGUCCCUGUCCAUGUCCCUGGGGAGUCCUGUGGUUCUCAUGGACCAGCUGCUGAUGUGCCGCAGGUCUCUGGGUCAGUCAGGGAUGAUAGUGACGCAGGCAGAGCUGUCCCGCUGCAUGAGGCCCUCAGUCCAGCCUGCAGCCACCAGAGUCAUCUCUCCACUGGGCAGCAAUGUCAUCCUCCGCUGUGACGCCACCGGCUACCCAACCCCAACUCUGACCUGGAUCAAAACCGCUGCCUACACUGGUUGUUGCCAACAAGACAUCUUUGAGAACUCUGACCAGCUGCCCAGGAAUUUGGAGAGUUUUAUGCAGGAAUCUCCCCGAGUCGGGGUUCGCUGGUCCAUAAUCAGCCUGAAUGGAUUAUCGUACAAGGAUGCUGGUGAAUAUCGCUGCCAGGCACGCAACAUGGCAGGAAUAUCUGAAGCCCCGAUCAAACUGAAGGUGGUGGGAGUCACCAGACUAUCCCGUCUUCCAAAAAAGAAGUCCCAGCAGACUCCACCCAAAUCAUCGUCAAAAUACAGGAAGCCAAACCAGACUGCAGCUCCUACUAACACCUCCUCAGUGAAGGAGAAUCAGAUACUCCAAAACAUUACACCACCUUCCAUUAACAAGACCCAGAUGGCUCCUAAUCCUUUGCCCAAAGUUAUCUCCAUAGACAAGUACAUUAAAAGGCGCAAAGUGAACUUAACUGAUGCAAAGACAUCCAUCCAGUUCACACCUGAGCCUCUGGACAACACUACAACUGCUCUGUUGUCAGAAACAGUUGUAUAAGAUACGCUGCAGUUGGUCUGGGUCAGUUACUCGAUUGACCUAAACAAGAGGAUGGAGAUAAAGCUUAAUUGUUUGCUUACCUGUAGUUUUAGUGUUUCAAGCUUUUGGGGCUCAUUCUGAACUGCAAAAUAAUGCACAAUUUGAUGAUGUUGUUGAAAUGUAACUUGUUUGUAAAAAUAAAAUGUGUGA